AUGUCCACCGCGACCCUCGCGGGGGCCCUGAGCCGGCCGGCCGUCCUGGCGCCAGCACUGCUCGUCAUCGGCUUCUUGCUGUACCAGCUGUUCCUGCGGCCGUCGCGGCUGCCCCCGGGGCUGCCCAUCGUCGGUGCGCGGCCGGGGGAGUGGUUCCCGCUGGCGCGGGCGCGGUGGCGCAACACGCUGGACAUGAAGACGGCGACGGAGGUGGCGUACGCGCGGUACCGCGAGCGGCCGUGCGUGCUGCCGGUGGCGGGGGCCGAGGACUUCGUGGUGCUGCCGGCGCGGGACCUGCAGUGGCUCGUGGACCAGCCGGACGCGGCGCUCGACCCGCACGCGCUGGUGCAGGAGUCGCUGCAGCUCGAGCACACCGUCGUCGACCCGCGGCUCACCCGCGCCCCCGUCCACGUCAAGCUCGUCGCCACCGCCCUCACCCGCGAGACCGGCAACCUCGUCCCCGCGCUCCUCGACGAGAUCCGCGCCGCCGUCGACGCCGCCUGGGGCCCCGCCGGCCCCGACCCCGCCUUCCGCGAGGUCUGCGUCUACGACACCAUGCGCCGCGUCGUCGGCCAGGCCACCAACCGCGUCUUCGUCGGCCUGCCCCUCUGCCGCGACCCCGCCCUGCUCGACGCCGGCGUCGCCUACGCCCAGGACGUGCCCCUCGCCUCGACCCUCCUGCGCUUCCUCUGGCGCCCGCUGCGCCCGCUCGUCGCCCCGCUCGUCACCCUGCCCAACCGCAUCCACACCCGGCGCUUCUACCGGCUCGUGCGGCCCGAGAUCGAGCGCCGGCUGCGCGACGACGCCGCGCGCCGCGCCGGCGGCCCGGCCGCCGCCGCCGCCCUCGGCCCCGAGCCCAACGACUUCCUGCAGUGGUCGGUGCGGCAGGCGCGCGAGCUCGGCGGGCCGUACCUGGCGCGCGCCGAGACGCUGGCGGGGCGGCUGCUGCUGCUCAACUUCGCGUCGAUCCACACGUCGUCGUUCGCGAUCACGCACGCGCUGCUGGACCUGGCGAGCGGCGCGGCGGCGGACCGGGCGGCGCUGCGGGCCGAGGUGGCCGAGGUGCUGGCGGCGCGCGGCGGCGCCUGGGACAAGCGGGCGCUGGCGGCGAUGCGGCGGGUCGACAGCGCGAUGCGCGAGUCGCAGCGGCUGAACUCGUUCGUGGCGGUGGCGACGAGCCGCGUGGUGGUGGCGGCCGGCGGCGUGGCCGCGCCGUCGGGCGUGCGGCUGCCGCGCGGCGCCGUCGUCUGCGCGCCGUCGUACCCCGUCUUCCACGACCCGGCGCUGUACCCGGAGCCGGACGCGUUCCGGCCGUUCCGCUUCGCCGAGAGGCGCGAGGAGCCGCCCGCGGGAGGAGGCGGGGACGAGAAGCCGCCGCCGCCGCCGCCGCCGACCACCUACGUCGACCGCGCCCGCCAGGCCUUCGCCACCACCAGCCCCGAGUACACCGCCUUCGGCCACGGCCGCCACGCCUGCCCCGGCCGCUUCUUCGCCGCCAGCGAGCUCAAGCUCCUCCUCGCCUACCUCCUCACCCACUACGACAUCGAGCCCUCCCAGCCCGAGCGCCCGCCCAACUUCUGGUUCGGCAUGAACCGCGUGCCCCCCAUGAAGGCCACCAUCCGCAUCCGGAGGCGGCAGGAGGCCGCGGUGCCCACGGCGACGGCCGCCGCAUGA